UAAUAACGUCAAGUGUGAGUUAAAACUUUACUAAACGCAUAGCUUAAAUAAAUAAAAAGGAGACAAUGCUGCCCCCAAGCGGUAAACAAUGGUUAGGUUGCUAUAACAACCGUGUGUUUACGCGCUGUCAGUUGUCUUGAAGAGUUAGUUACAGACUGUACACUUAGGCUAACGUUACUCAUUUAAAUCUCUGAGGAUGUCGCGGCUGAUGGGACCCCCUAAUAAAUUUCUACCCCAUGAGUGGAAACAUGCAAACCAAGUGCAGUUCAGAAGAUCAGAGGCAGAGAGAACACGGUCAGAGAAACUGACAGCAGAGUGCAAACGACUGAUCGAGGACAGCGACACAUCUACCAAACGCAUGCAACAGGAUGCGCAGAAGAAGCUUGAGCAGAGAAUCCAGGACAUCAAAUUCUGGAGGCAGGAACUAGAGCGGACGUUUGAGGAGAUGGUGCAGGAGAUCGAGACCCUCGUCGUCUUUAAGAGCCGUGUGGAGAGAGCUUUGGAGAGCUGCGCUCAGCCUCUCCAAGUGACUCUGCAAUGUCUGGCUGAGAGACAAAAGCAGGUGGCCAUUGAUCUGGUGCAUGAUGAGGUGGAAGAAGAGCUGUUGAAGGAGAAAGAGGUGACCGAGGGCGUGAUGGUUCUGCUACAGCGCACUCUAGAACAGAUCAAUGAACAGAUCAGGCUUAUACGUUCAGUGAAAUAUUCUUUGGAAAAGGACCUAAGAGACAAAUUUCAGGCUGAAUGUAUUGAUGAUUUCUGCUCUCUGCUCACUAACACGUCGCCUGAUGGAAAUGGGGGGAAUUCUGAAUUCUUUAGUGUUGGAAUGACAUUAACCCCUGAGGAAUGGGAGAGCAUCUGCAACAUCAACAUUAGCAAAGCUGAGAGGGAGAAGAACAACUCGCACUCUCUGAGAGCUCUCGUGGGAAGCCUGCUGGAGCAGACGGCCACAGACAUGCGCAGGCAGCACGAGGCCACGGGCAGAGCGUUGGACCUGCGCAUACAGGAGGCCAAAACUGCCAAAGCAGUGCUGGAGAACCAGCUGGAUAAGCUGUUAGCAGAGACAGCGAGCCAGGAGAAGAAUCUGGAGGAUCUACGAGUGGCCGUCGCUGAGAAAGAAGCUCCACUGAGGGUGGCACAGACUCGACUGUCCAGCCGCAGUCAGAGACCUAACGUUGAGCUCUGUCAAGACCCCGCUCAAACCCGACUGUUGACAGAGGUCAAGGAGCUUGCUAACCACGUCGAGCGACUGAACGAGGCCAUUGAGCUCUCCGAGAUGGAACUGAAAGCUCUAGCAGGCCAACAGCUGAUGAUAGAAGAAGAGAUUCAGGUGAAGUCCAACUCCAUCUAUAUCGAUGAGGUGAUCUGCCGACAGCUGCGUGAGUCCGUUUCUAUUCCCAACUACUGAGCUGAGCUCAGAUAUACGGCCACUGAGCUCCAGAUACUCACCUGUGUCCUGGAGGAGAAGCAUCAUGAAAGUGUGAAGAUUUCACUUUAAGUCCCUGUGUUUGGUUUGGUUGCAGUACAACAUGUCAUUGAGAACUGAUCUGAGAGCGAAGGUUUGUUAUGACAAAGCUGAAACUAUUAAAAGUGCAUCGUUGCUGUCUCUGAACUUUCAGCCUCUUGAUGUUUACUUCUAGAAUUUAUUCAUCAGAUCACAUUGUUGCGCAAAAUCCUGAUAUGUGAUGGAUAGCGGCGAUCUUAAUCGAAAUGUUGUUAUUAAAUCUGUGCCUGAAAGGCAAACGUUAAGACAAACCAAUGGUUCAUUUUUGACUCUCCCAAACCUCUUUAUUUUUAAUAGGCAAUGAAGUUUGUAAGAGCUGGAAAAAUGACUCGGUGGGGUUUUCUGUGUAACAAAAAUUGUAACAAAUUAAUCUAAAU